AUGAUAAACAAAAACUCAAACUUGGUGCAGAUCGCCUUCUCUGGCAGUUUCGUGUUAGUUGUGGCACUAAAGAACAGCACACUGAUAAAGACGGGGCAGCAUAAGAAACAAAAGAUUCAGGAGAAAGGCAGACAGAGUAUUGUUACUUACUCCUCAUCUAACAAGUUAGUCAAGAAGACUCUCCUGCUGGUCCUGACAAGGAGUUCCGAAUGCAGCGCAAUUGUAUUUGCUUUCCAAAUCUUACGCUUCUAUAUCAAAUCUAAGUGGACUCAGGAUGAACUGGUGGAUGGUUUUGCUAGUCCAGAAACUAUUGUUGGGGCUUCCUUUGUUAGUCCUCACGGCAGUCUGAACCAUGACUCUAGUACUCCUGUAGUCAGUCCGGAUCCUCACUCUAGCGCUCUUGUAGUUAGUCCGAACCCUGACUCUAGUACUUCUGUAGUCAGUCCGGAUCCUCACUCUAGCGCUCUUGUAGUUAGUCCGAACACUGACUCAACCAAUUCUCGUCUCAGUCCUAACUCUGCUCUUGUAGUUAGUCCGAACCCUGAGUCUACCAAUUCUCGACUCAGUCCUAACUCUGAGUCUAUUAGUUCCCUAGUCAGUUCGGGAUCUGACUCCAGUAGUCCUGUUGUCAGUCCAGAUCCUGACUCUGGUAGUCCUGUUGUCAGUCUGGGCCCUGAGUCUGCUAGUCUUGUUGUCAAUCCCGACUUUGACUCUGGUAAUCCUGUUGUCACUUCAGACUCUGACUCUUGUAGUCCUGUUGCCAGUCUGGACCCUGAAUCUACUAAUCCUCUGGUCAGUCCAGACCCUGACAAAGGUAGUCCUGUUGUCAGUCCGGGCCCUGACUUUGCUAGUCUUGUUGUCAAUCCAGACUUUGACUCUGGUAAUCCUGUUGUCACUCCAGACUCUGAUUCCUGUAGUCCUGUUGCCAGUCUGGAACCUGAAUCUACUAAUCCUCUGGUCAAUCUGGACCCUGACUCUGGUGAUCAUGAUACUGAUUCUCGUGAUGUUUGUAUCAAAAAGGAAGCAUUGCUGAUUCCCAAAGCGGAAAUAUACUUGGUUAAAAUCCCGUGCCUACCUUUUUACUGCUAUAGAUACAUUUACAAAUAAUGGACUAAGUAAGUAAUUGGAACUGGAUUGAAAAUUUACAUUCCAAGGGGAUAGCAGUCGUUGUAUAUCAGAGCUACUGAUACGGACUCUCUUAUCCAAGGUGUACAUCUUCUUAACGAGAUAGUCAGUGAAUACUCUCAGACUACAUAGUCUAUAACUGGCAUUGAAGAAGAUGAUUUCAAGUACAUAAUCGGUAAAGAGGGUAAAGCAUUUUAGGCAAUAGAGGAGCUUACCGGCGUAGCAUUGUAUGUUCCCAAUGUUUCCAAGGGCUUUAAGGGAACAGUCAAUGUGACACAUUCGGAUCCAGCUGUUCGCCAACAAGCUAAGGAACUCAUCUAGUACUAAUUGGAAACAGUGUAUUAAUAAUGCAGUCAGGAAUAGUCAUCUAAUAUGUUACCCGGUACGAAUGAAAAUUAUUUGCAAGUAUCUAGACAAUUAGUCUAUGCUUUGAGGUCUUAGGGGGUAAAGAUGCUUUUGCAAAUUUACAUGGAAACUGGUGCUAAGGUUUUUAUCCGCCAUCAUCUUUCUCAGCACAUCUUGGAGGUUAAUGGGCCGCCUAGUGCUAUCAGAUAGGCAAAAACUAUUCUGAAUGAGUUAAAUGUUGGGCUGCAGAAGUAUACCAGGAGCCUUGGCUUCCUUGAUAAACGUCCAAAGAUGUAUGAGCUUGCUGAAAUAAGGAUUAAGACCGGGGUAAAGGUGUUCGUCGACAUGAGGGUGCAUGGAAAGGAGUAAUACUUCCUAACAAUCCUUUGCAAGGAUGAUGAAUCUUGCCAUUCUGCAUUAGAAAUGAUUAAGUCAUUAAAAGGUUAUACUUUUGUUCCACAAGAGAGCAAUGCAGGGAGGAUUGGGACAAAGGAAAUAUCAUGACGCAGUAACCGGCUGAG